AUGGCCGGAGGUGCUCAAGAAGCUAUCGGCGCUAACGGCGCCGUAGAGGCACUCUGCGGCUGCCUCGAGGACGACCAUUCCCUGGCAGUCCGUGAACGCGCAGCUGGGGCGCUGGCCAACCUUCUCAGCGGCCAUGGAGAGAACUGCCGGAAGGCAGUCUACCGAGCAAUGGCAAUUCCCAGAUUGAUGCGGUUCUUGGAGACAUCGGACGGUGAGCCGGCCAGCCUGCUUGCAGCCGAAAAUGCUGCAGCCGCCUUGGCCAACAUCGUGGCUGCCACGGGCCCCAUGGCGGCGCAGAGCGCUCUCGAUGCUGGGCUUCUGCAGGUCCUUUCGAAGUUGCUCCAAUCCUCUGCCACCUCUUGUCAGGUCUUUGGCUUGUUGGCCAACUUGUGCUGGCACAUGCCAGAAACUGGAGAGGAGAUCUAUCACAUGACUCCUAUCCAGAAAGUGGUCGACGUUCUGAAGCCCAGUGAAGAGCAACCGCCAAGGGGCCGCCUGGCAGCCCUUGCCCUCGCUGCAAACCUUGCAGUGCGGAGUCCGGCAAAGAGUAGACUGCUACGGGCCGGUCUGCUGAAGCCCAUGGUCGCCGUCAUCGAAAGCUUCACGGAUGCAGCCCUGAGGGAACAGGCCUCCGUGGGCCUGGCCAACAUCUUGGAAGACAGCCCGGAGAGCGUAGCCAAGGUUUUCUUGGAGAUCCCAGACCUGCCACGAAGGCUUGCCUUUCUCCUCACAAACAAGAAGCAACCGCUGGAGACCAGCACACGAAAACACCUGUCACGAGCAAUUGCGCUGCUGGCAUCGCGUGAGGCCUCGCGAGUCUCCGUGAAAGAGUCGGGUGCGCCGGAGGCACUUCUCGGAAUGGCGGAAGGCAAUGCCGCAAAAGAGGCUUGCCGAGGCCUUCUGAACCUAGCGCCGGUUGCAAAAGACCGUGACAAGCUUCUCAAGAAGGGCAUCUUGCCAAAGCUGGUCACACUGCUGCGAGCUGCAGAUGUGCGGGAUGUGGCUGCUGGCGCCCUUGCGAACCUCACUGCCGGUUCUAAAUCUGCAGCGACAGAGGUGGCAAGGCUCGGUGCUCUCAGCCUGCUUGCUGUGCAGCUGAAGGAGGUGUGUGCAUUGCGGGAGGAGGAUGCCAGGUACGAGGUUCUUGGUUCCGCUGAGAACGAUGCUCCGGUUUGGGUCCUUGGUGCCAUCGCUCACAUAGUGGACUUGGUUGACACCCCAGGUGUACGCCGCGAUGCAGGUCCUGCGGUGCCGUUCAUGUGCCAGCUGACCUGCCAAGGCGAGGGCAGCGUGAAGGACUUGGGCAUCUUUGCACUUGGCGCGAUGGCCAAGAGCCCUGAGCUGCUGCGUGCAGCUGUGAUGCCCUUCGCGGCAGCUCUACGUGAGGUUUGUGCGGCAGUGCCUGCGGGACCUCUGCUUGACCGAGCCAAGCUUGUGCAAACCUGCGUGACGUCCAGGUAG